AUGCACGCCUGCCCAAUCUUCAAGCCCCCUCACGGUCCCACCGGCCUGAUUGAGCUAGAGGAAGAUACAGCCAAGUGGCUGCAAGAAUUGGACAUUCCCUUGAAUGGGCACAAUGGUAAUAGCCAACCUGUGAAUGUGACGUUCCCCGUGGUACUGAUGGCAAGAUUCCUCCGCAUACUUCCACUCACAUGGACUAGCUAUGAUCAUUAUUAUCUGAGAUUUGAAGUGCUCGGAUGUCGAGUCGCUAGCGGCAUGAUCCGAUUAGUGGGCGGUGACGACAAAUGGAGCGGUCAAGUGGAAAUCUACCGCCAUGAUGCUUGGGGUGCAGUCUGUGAUAGCAGUUGGGAUAUGAAGGACGCCACCACCGUGUGUCAUCAGCUCGGCUUCAUCGAGGCUCUGGAGGCUAAAACGGGGUUGUCCAGCCGAGAGAGUGACCGGCCGAUCGUGAUGAAUCGAGUCGCCUGUACUGGAACUGAACGGCGGCUGGCUGACUGUCCGUUUGUCUGUACCGGCUCUCAGCAAUGCAGCAGCUCAACUGUAGCAGGAGCCGUUUGUAAACCAAGACCUGAUGAGCUUCGGUUGGUCGGCGGAUCUCGCACCAGCGGCCGAGUGGAGAUAUACCGUGGCGGCAGCUGGAGCACCAUCUGUGAUUCCAAUUGGAACGAGACUGAUGCGGGGAUUGUCUGCCGCCAGCUCGGUUUCUCAGACGCACUGGAGGCCAAGUCCGCUGCCCACUUCGGGCAGGGUAGCGGACCCGUCCAUAUGGACGGCAUAGCGUGCGAAGGCUCCGAAGAGAAAAUUACCGACUGCCCUUCCUACUGCUGGGAGGAGACAAGUUGUAGCCACUCACACGAUGCUGGAGUGAUCUGCAGUGACGGAGACACCGUAACAACCAACAAGUGACGAAAGCUAAACCGCUCAAGCAACCAGGAAGAAUAGGACACCAACUAUAUUAUUAUACACACUCAUCUCCUUUUUUUAAAGGGACAAUUAAUAUUUGUUUCAUGGUUUUUUGGACCAUUCAAAGCGCCCAUCGUAAUUGAUGGUCGAAUUCUUCUAUACUCACGCGACUGGUCUGGGCCUAUAACCCGUGCAUGCUGUAAAGCCAAUAUAUGGAGAGUGGUACCUCGCUUCUCUUUGCAUUGUAGUAUAUUACUGACUGGGUAAUCUACGGCACCAGUCUAUGUUAACAGUGCAUUUCGGUUAGAAGUAGUUUUGAAUGAGAGUUCUUCUCGUCAAUGUAUGUUUUUUUGUGCAGCAUUAUGUAAUACACAUAAGAUGGCAUGCAACAAUCAUGGUGGCUUUAUUUGUUUCAUAUACAAAAUGAAAAUAAGAAAACACCACAAGACCCCCCCCCCAAC